UGCCCGGGGUCUCGCCGUCCGGCCGGCGAUGGGGGAGGCCGGGCCGGGGCCCGGGCCGGGGCUCAGGGAGGCGCCGGAGCCUGAGGAGGACGAUGCGGCGGCGGCAGCGCCGGGCGGCGCGCGGGGGGGCCGGGCCGGGCCCCGCGGCGGCAUCCGGGUGCUGAAGAGAAACGUGAAGCGCAACGGGAGCAGGAGCUGUUUGAACAGGAGUCGGGUUGGUUCCCGUGAGAGGGACUGGCUGAAAGAGGACGCGGGACGAGGCUGCGUGUAUGUUCACGGACGAGAUUCUGCAGCGACUGCUUCUUCAGACUUACGCUUGGUCCUCUGUACGGUGGACACCCCAGCCUCUGAGAUAUGUGAUGGAGAAGGGAAGAAAAACCUCUUUUUGCAACUUCACGGAGACCUGGUCAGGAGGCUGGAGCCCACAGAAAAACCCCUCCAGAUUGUGUAUGACUACUUGGCUGGGUUGGGUUUUGAUGAUCCUGUCAGAAUGCAGGAAGAGGCAGCAAACUCUGAUCUCAGCUGUAUGAUUCGCUUUUACAGCGAAAAGCCAUGUCAAGUGGAACAGUUAGAUCGCAUCCUGCUUUCUGGAGUCUAUAACGUACGCAAAGGAAAGACCCAGUUGCACAAGUGGGCAGAGCGCUUGGUAAUUCUCUGUGGUACGUGCCUCAUUGUGUCCUCUGUGAAAGAUAGCCACACGGGGAAGAUGCACAUCUUGCCUCUUGUUGGAGGGAAGGUGGAAGAGAUGAAACGUCGGCAGUACACGCUUGCUUUCACAUCUGCUGGAGCACAAGCUCAGACAUACCAUGUUUCCUUUGAAACGCUGGCAGAAUGCCAGCGGUGGCACCGACAGGCAUCCACGGUUGUGUCUAUGCGACUUGGCAUGGUUGAUCUUUCAUGCUACAGCCUUGAGGAAGUACCUGAACACCUCUUCUACAGUCAAGACAUCAUCUACCUCAACCUACGACACAAUUUUAUGAGAUCAAGUGGAGCAGGGAGUCUUGACUCUCUUUGCAGGUUUUCUCAGUUGAAGAGCCUGAACCUGUCUCAUAAUAGACUGGGAGAGUUUCCUGUAUCACUGUGUGAGAUCUCUACUCUAACAGAGCUUAAUGUUUCCUGUAAUGGACUUCAUUACUUGCCAAGCCAGAUUGGCAAACUGUUGAAUCUCCAGACCUUCUGGCUUGAUGGGAAUUUCCUCACGUCCUUACCAGAAGAACUGGGGAGUCUGCAACAGCUCAGCUGUCUCGGGCUUUCCUUCAAUAACUUCUGUGAACUGCCAGCAAUUUGUGAGAAACUUGUCAUCUUAGACAAACUAGCCCUGGCAGGGAACUUGCUAGAGACCCUGGACCUUGCAGUGCUGAACCGUAUGAGUCACAUCAAAAGUGUGGACCUGAGGCUGAACAACCUGAAGAGAGCAGCAGCUGACACUCUGGAGGGGAACAAAUCUGUGACUUACAUGGAUUUACGAGACAAUCAGAUGACAGAUCUGGAUCUGAGCUCCUUGGGCAGCCUGGAGCAGCUGCACUGUGAGCGGAAUAAGCUGAAAGAGUUGACACUGAGUGGCUUUUCUCUUCGGGCCCUCUAUGCCAACAGCAACUGUCUGACAGCUGUCAAUAUUUAUCCGGUUCCUGGUCAACUGACGUGUCUAGAACUCUCUCACAAUCAACUGCAGUGUGUCCCAGACUGGGCCUCUGAAGCAAAGAAACUGGAAGUUUUGGAUGUGAGCUACAACCUUCUUGUGGAGCUUCCAUCGAGGAUCGUCAGCAGCUUGAGCCUUCGGAAGUUGAUGGUGGGGCACAAUCGUCUGCAGAGCCUUCCACCUCUUCUAGAACACAUUCCACUGGAGGUGCUGGACCUUCAGCACAACCUGUUGACUAAACUCCCAGAGACGCUCUUUGUCAAGGCUCUGAACCUCAGGUACCUGAAUGCAUCUGCAAACAGCCUGGAGUCCUUGCCUUCUGCAUGUACAGGGGAGGAGAGUCUGAGCAUGCUGCAGCUGCUUUACUUGACCAAUAAUAACCUCACAGAUCAAUGCAUCCCCGUCUUGGUGGGACACCCGAGCCUACGGAUCCUGCAUCUGGCAAACAACAACCUACAGACUUUCCCCGCAAGCAAACUUAGUAAGCUGGAGCACUUGGAAGAGCUGAAUCUGAGUGGCAACAAACUGAAAACAAUUCCCACAACAGUGGCAAACUGCAAGCUACUUCAUACACUUAUUGCACACUCUAAUGAAAUCAGCAUCUUUCCAGAGAUUCUGCAUUUGCCCCGUAUUCAGUUUGUGGACUUGAGCUGCAAUGACUUAACUGAAAUCCUAAUCCCUGAGGCACUGCCAAGUGCCUUGCAAGAGUUGGACCUGAGCGGAAACACAAACCUGGUGCUAGAACACAAGACACUGGACAUCUUCAGUCACAUUACCACACUGAAGAUUGAUGCUAAACCCUCCCUCACGGCCGACUCAGCACUCACCUCUACCUUCUGGAGUCAUGGAGUAGCUGAGAUGGCAGGCCAGAGAAAUAAGCUGUGUGUGUCAUCCCUGGCACUGGGGAGCUUUGCAGAGGGGGUGGAAGCUGUGUAUGGCAUGUUUGAUGGUGACAAGAACGAGGAGCUGCCACGCUUGCUGCAGUGCACCAUGGCUGAUGUGCUCCUGGAGGAAGUACAGCAGUCAGACACCAUGUUCAUGUCCAACACCUUCUUGGUCUCCCACAGGAAGUUGGGCAUGGCUGGGCAGAAGCUGGGUUCCUCUGCUGUCCUUUGCUAUAUUCGUCAUGAUGUGGCUGAUCCAGCCAGCAACUUUUCUCUGACGGUGGCCAAUGUGGGGACAUGCCAAGCCAUUCUGUGCCGAAGUGGAAAACCGCUGCCUCUCUCCAAAGUCUUCAGCCUUGAACAAUGUUCAGAAGAAGCCAAAAGAGUCAAGGAGCAAAAAGCCAUUAUAACAGAGGACAAUAAGGUCAAUGGUGUGACUUGCUGUACUCGAAUGCUGGGCUGCACAUACUUGCAUCCUUGGAUCCUGCCCAAACCACACGUCAAUUCCAUUCCACUGACUGUACAAGAUGAGCUGCUGCUUCUAGGGAACAAAGCUCUCUGGGAACACCUUUCUUACACAGAGGCUGUCUCAGCCGUGCGCCACCUACAUGACCCGCUAGCUGCUGCAAAGAAACUCUGCACUUUAGCCCAAAGCUAUGGUUGCCAAGACAAUGUAGGUGCAAUGGUGGUGUAUCUGAACAUCAGUGAGGACAGCUGCACAUGUGAGGUGCAUGGCCUCACUCUGCCGGGUCCCGGGGGAUUUAGUUCUGUCACCACCAAGCCAGCAACACCUUCAUCUAGCAGUGGAAUUGCUUCAGAGUUCAGCAGUGAACUGUCUGCUUCUGAGGUUAGCAGUGAGGUGGGCUCUACUGCUUCAGAUGAACACAAUGCUGUUGGUCUUGAUGGCAGUUUGCUACCACGACAAGAGCGACGUUGCAGCCUACAUCCUGUGCCCCCCUCAAGCAUCUUCCAGCGCCAACCUUCCAGUGCCACCUUCUCUAGCAACCAGUCUGACAAUGGUCUGGACAGCGAUGAUGAGCAGCCUGUGGAAGGUGUGAUGACAAAUGGCAGUAAAGUGGAGGUAGAAGUGGACAUCCACUGCUGUAAAGGAAAGGGCCUGGAGUUUGAACCACCUGCUGCAGAGUACAGCUCCUCUGCUCCGGGGCCAGAGGAUGACUCUGGGCUUGUCCUUAUCAUUCGGAGACAGAAUAGUGUAAACAGCAACACUGUGCAGAGAGGGGUCAAGGAAAAGUGUGAACUGCAAAAAUCUCUUUCCACAUGCUGUCUCUAUGGAAAGAAGCUGUCCAACGGUUCCAUAGUGCCCUUGGAGGAGAGCCUCAACCUCAUUGAAGUAGCCACAGAGGCACCUAAGAAAAAGACAGGCUAUUUUGCUGCUCCAUCCCAGAUGGAGCCAGAAGAUCAAUUUGUGGUGCCACCUGAUCUGGAGGAGGAAGUGAAAGAACAAAUGAAGCAGCACCAGGAGAACGGAGCAGAUCAGGAGCAGAAAGAGGAACAUGCAGUGACUCUGCCAGAGGAGUUUGACACAGCUUUGUAACCCUACGAGUACUACUCCCACAGUGUCUGUCCCAGGAAGCUCUGUCCCAUAAGGGCUGUCUUGCCCUCCAAGGGGAGCUGGGAUCUGCAAGGAGUACAGGCAUCUGCUGCUUCCUUAGUGGAGUCAAGGAAGAAUUGGGAGUGCUAAGGUCUGGGCUGUCCACUUUUCACUGUAGAGUCUCAGUUGUUCUAUGAGCACUCAGACCAGCAGCUGAGCUUUGUGUUAGGGACUGUCUGGAAAUUGUGCAAGCACUAGGAAGAAGGCAGGUGUUCCGACACCUGCCUGUAACUCCUUGAACCCUGAGGUUCUGCCAGCUUUGCAGGAAAGGGCCUGGCAUAUGUGUGUGUGGGGUGAGGAGGCUGCUGAGGGGGCGGGGCAGUGUUCAGUGUUUGGAGUCCUGUGAAUAUUUCUGAUGCAGCCCCCCUGCCCCCAGCACCUGACUUUGUUAUUCCUUGAAAGAAUACAGCCAGUUGCAACGAAGCUGA